AUGCAAUUAUUACUAAAAUUGAUGGAUAGAGAUAUAGUUUAUAAGGUUUUGGGUAGUACCGAACACAGAAAAAAACACAUUCUAGAUACGCCUCUGGAUCUGCAACAUCCGGACUUAAGUAUCAGACGAUUCAUUAUAAGAAUUUCGGAAGGAGAGAGUCCAUGAAGAACUAACCAGCAAUGUCAGAUUAUAGUUCUAAGCUUGCAGACAAAGGUUUUUGUAACUGGAUCAAAGCAAAUCUCGCUAUAUCUGUGACGAAGAAUGGCUUGCAGGAUGUUGUCUGUAACAAGCUGCAAGCUGUUCACCAGGAUGUUUUAAACAGCACACGAACGGACGAUCAGAUUCGCAAUAACAUUUUUUGUUCAGAUUGCACAACGCAGAGCAUUAUACACUGCUCGACAAAAUUUCCGUGCAAUAGUCGGGCAAAUGUGUGUCCAUUUCAUGAACAAGCAAAGUACCGAGAAUGUCCAAAUCGAAUUUGUGAUAGGAUUAGAGAUAAAAUAGAGAAGAUACAUGUGUUUAACAAACCGUCAUGGAAAAAUACACGGGCUGAAGCGUGGUGUAACUCAUACUGGGAAUACGCUAAAUGCUUUAUGCCCCCUUGUGGAUAUUCUGAUAAGCCAUCAUUCUCUGAAACAGAUUUUAAUGGAAUCAUUAGUAUAGUGACAAACGAGUCCUCUUUUGCCAGUCAGAUUGACACUAAGGAUGUCUGUGAACAAGCGCGAAGUAUUGUGAAUGCUGUAAGACAUAAUUCAGACCUUUCAGUCAGUGACCAGCGGCUUGAAGACAUAGUUACCGUCCUUCAGCAGUUUCUGUCAUGUUGCGAAGAAUUCAAGUACAAUACUCGGACAUCUCAAGCUAGACUGAAACUGGAAGAGUUGAAGGGUAAAUCAUUUUCAAUCAAUGAGGGUGAUGUGAAAGAGUGUAUGAACGAUCAAUAUGAAGAUCUUUUAAAAGAUCUGAAGGCGGACUUGAUACAGUUUAAUAAAGAUGUACAUGGAACAACGUCAAUAUCAAUGGCGAUAAAGGAGAGAGACUUCCCUCUUCAGGAACUAUACGUACCACCGAUAAUACACAGGGUCCACUCUGGCAAUACAAACGAAAGUGAUGACCGAAGAACAACUCCCGUGGCAACGUUUAAGGACAUAUUUUUUGGUUGUGAUGGGCGCUACCGCGAGAUUUAUUUAUGCUCUGACGCUGGACUUGGUAAGACUGUAUAUGGAAAACGACUUGCAUUGAUGUGGUGCCAAGCAAACGAAGCGGAUCAAAAGGAAUGUAACUUUACCCGAGAGGAAAUAGAUGUAAUGAAGAGUUUUGGUUUUGUAUUUUUCAUUUCAUUGAAAGAGACGGAUCAGACACAAGGCGACGUUGAUGACAUGAUUGUAAAACAGAUAAUUUCGCAUCUGGCACGAGUGUCAAGCUAUAGGACUGAAUUUGUAGAAAGGAUCUUAACGAAUGAGACAUGUUUGAUAAUCUUGGAUGGUUUAGACGAAUGGUCACAUUCCACAGAACAUAUUCCACAUAGAAAAUCAAGGAAAACAUGCACGUUCUUCACGACAACAAGAUCUUGGAAAUUUACAAUCGCCAAGAUAAGACAAAGUAAAAUAGAUCAACAACUUGAAAUGGCAGGGAUCGAUGCUGCCGGAAAACAGAAACUGAUGUUUAACGUUUUAAAAGUCCUGACAGGUGACAGUACUGAUGAUGAGUCAGCAAGUCAAUUAGAGGAUUUUAACGAAGAGAUAGCUAAAAGACAUAUAGUAGAAUUCGAGACUACUCCAAUGCUUUUACUUUAUCUGAUAUGUCUUUGGUUUGACAAAAAGCCACUUGGUGACUCUCGUUGCAGUUUGUAUAGCAACAUCGUGGAAAUGUUGUUACAAGAAGUACCAAAACCGCAGAAAUUACCAGAAUUGGCAGAUGAAAACAAGAGCAUACCGAAAUGUUUCGAAGGAAACGAGCAUUGCUGCACAAACUUCCGUUUUAUCGAAGAUUUAGCCUAUCUUGCUUUUAAAACGUGCUUUAACAAAAAGACAGAAACUAAGUAUGUUUUUACAGAUGUGAUAGCAAAGAACUACAUGUCUGAGCAGUGCCUAGAAUUUUGGUUAAGGACGGGUAUCUUAACACAAGUCACAAGAAAGAUAAGGCUCACAACACGUGACAUUAGCGUGUCGUUCAUUCAUAAUACCUUUCAUGAGUUUUUCGCAGCACUGCAUCUGGCACUUGGAGAACCAGACGUUGUAACGGACGCUGUGAGAAAAGCGUGCAGAGACUUGAACUCGAUUCUUCAGAAUGCAGGUAUUUUUGUAUUCCUUUGUGGACUUAGUCCCGCCACUGGCAGCAUGAUUUUGAAUAGUUUGUCUGAACUUCUAGCAAAUGAUGAACUCACACAAAGGCUUAGGAAAAACACCUACGUUUUUCUUGAUUAUUGGGAAAUCUGUGAUUUAAAACAAGACUUUCAGAAUAUGAUGGUUACCUGUGUGAAUGAAUCUAAAGACAAUGGUUAUAUUUCUAAUUAUCACUUAGAAGAUAUCUUUUUGAAUUUUGAUAGUGAACCAAAGAAACGUUAUAUUAGCGCUUUGUGUGAUUUGACUGAACACAAGAAUGUUAAAUCCGUCAAAUUUGGUCGGUCUCUUGUCCCUGGAAAAGUACUUGAUUUGCACAAAAUCCUGAAUGUACAAAACAUGAUAUCUCUACAGAAACUUGAUUUAUGGGGUCAACCAGACAAAAGAGAUGUAGAGAUUCUUCUGCAGGCAUCCCCAAAAACGCUAACGUGUCUUCUUCUUCACGGAUGCGAAAUGAAAGGUACUAGAGAACUUGAAAAACAUAUAGAGAUAUCUGAAGACAGUUUUGAUUCACUGCAGACUUUGGUCAUCCUCAAUAGCAUAGACCUGUACUGCAUCUCGCUAAAACAUGAACUGAUACGAAAAAUACUCACAUGGCUAGAAGAGAGAAAAUGUAUGAAACAAAUUAAGGUUGCUCGCAUAAAGUGCUUAGACCACCCAGAUUACAAUUGCAAUUCUGACGAAUUUAUAUUCGAUCUGUCAGAACACAAGCAUCUUGACAUCGUUGGAGUGGGGGACAUAUGCGUUGCUGAUGUCAAGGUCAACUCGUUGGCGUUACAGGAAUUUUGGGCGGGAGGUAGGGAGCCAGUUGUCACAUCCUUUUUGACCAGCUACGCUCCUUCGGCUAUCAAGCUACAUACACUUGUUCUUGAGUUUAUUGACUCGGCAGCAGUUGUUGAAUGCAUUUUGAAUAAGUUGCCAUAUUUGGACGGUAUUCGUUAUCUUCAGCUGAAAGACAUGGAUCUGCAAGAAAGGGAAGUGAUAUUAACAAAGAAGCAAACUGUUAAACAUCUACGACUAAUAGAACUAAAGAUGGAAAGUAGAGCGCUGAACAACUUAAUAGAGGCGUUAGGGACAUACAACAAUCCUGUCACUGUGGAAAUAGCGUCAUGUGACAUAAGACCAGACAAGAACGAUGAAAAUAUCUGCUUUGAAAACAUUAGAGAUAUGAUUGACAAUAAAUUUACUGUGAUUACAAAUUUGAGGUGUUCUGGACAUGAUAAUGCUUUUGCAUUUAGAACAGUUUCUUCUGAUAGAGGCUUGCCAGGUCCAUUGUAGUUAUAAGACUUUGAAGGGAAUAAAACAAGUGUAGCAAUAACAAACUAAUACAUGUUUGAAGUUAAUGGAAAUGCAACAUAUUAUGCAGCUACAUUAUGUAAUAUCAUAAAUACGAAGAAAACACUUAAACAGGCUACCUUUUAUGCCUUUAUCGAUUGAUGAUUUAUGCUUUGCAUUUACUAUAUCAGUCUCUGUCAACAUAUAUAAGAACCAAUGGAGUGUUUACAGGUCGGUUUGAUAGUGCUUGCAGGUACCACAAGGCUGCUCAUUCUUGCAUAAAAACUACUUUUUUCACUGGAUCCGCCCAUGUAUUAACGGGAGAAAAAUCGUGUGCAAACAAGGCAAUUCACGUGCUGUUAAUACCCGAUUUUUAUUUUUGAAGUGCUUUCCCAGGGACGUAUAUGUAAUUCUGCGCAGAUUGACAUCUGGUAUCUGCGUCUUUUUUCUUUCAUAAAAACCUCUUCUUCAAGCAUUAAAAAUGCAAUCUAAACCAUAGAAUGUUUUACUGUAUCAGUAACUUACGCCAAAUAAGCUGCCCCUAACAUUGUGCGUACUCGUUUCUUCCCUUGUUUACUCCCCUUUUAGAACUCUGCGUCAAUUCAGAUUUUGUAGACGAAUCGCGUGUUUACCUGUGCGAUUCUUUGUUUUUAGGUAUCAUAUUUAUGAUUUUGAUAAGUAUCAGUCAGUAUGAUUUUAUCUAAUUUCUCGAAGAAUUUAUAUAAACAGCUUGGAAACUUGACACUACGUUCGUACUCAUCCGUAUUCCAACUGCGUGUCCGUACUCCAUAUAACUCGGAUGUAAAGUUAAAAUUCUUGAAAUUGUGAUCGAGUCCACCAAAUUGUGAAAUGAUAUGAACAAUUAUUGGUAAUUUUAUGUUUGUAAUAAUGAGAGAUAAAAAAAUCGCUUAAAAACCUUCAGGAUGAGCUUUUGAUAGAUUAAGUGUUGUUUAUUUCCAGGCCCUGGAUACGGAUAUUUAAAACAUGUUUACCGUUUCCAAGAACAACUGGAAUGGUAAAUAAAAAAUGUACCGGAAUCGUCAAGUCAUAUAUAAAACAAUACAUAAAUCGUCGUGAAAUAUAUUUUUAUGCAAGAAUAGCGACAAUACACGUUUGUUUCGUGUAUUAACGUCUGCAGAAGCCUUUGGGAUAUGUUUGUGAACUCGACCUUCGGUUUCGGUCACAAACAAUCCCGCGGGCUUCUGCAGACGUUAAUACACAAAAAACGUGUAUUAUUCCUACAUUAUCACCUUAGUUGUUUAAUUGAUUUAAUGAAUUAGUCACUGAAAUUUAGGCUACUGGGAAGGCGCUUAAAUCGAAGAUAAAGUGUUUGUAUUUUACUGUAUGUUGAUGAAAUUAUUCUAGUAGCUGAGAAUGAAAUUGAUUUAUAGCAUUUGUUAGAUGUUUUGUCCAAUUAGUGUUCUGUUAAUAUGACAACAGUUAAUUUUCAAAAAAAAAGUAAUAUUGUGCAUUUAAGACCUCGGAUGGUUAAUAGAACAUCUUUUCUUGCAUACCAGACGUAGAUUUCCGGCUGGAAAAAAACAUCUUACACCCCGUGCUGUAAAUGACGAACUACAUAUAUGUAGAAGAUUUAUGCAGUGAUUUAUAUUUUAUUUCACAAACGGAAUAAAAAUGGAAUACCUUGACAGGUCCUCUUUGUUCCUGAUAGUAUAUUUCUCGAUUCAAAAAACGUUAUUUUAUCAAAAAAACAUAACGUUACGCUGCAACUGAUAAAACAAAACCGGAACUAAGCUUUGUCAUUUGUCUUUGAAACGUCAUGACGUCGUUCCUGUUUACGGACGUUGGUUUACUGCGCUUUGUUUAAAUACGCUACUAUAAGGAAUCGUUCUUAAAAGAAAGUCAUUCGAUUGAUUUUAUUUUUACAAUAAUUUCUUGAAUUUGGUAUGCAAGAAAAAGAUUCGAUCACUGACUGUAAGUCCAGACGGAAAUAUCUGGCUCUUGGGAAACUGUUUACGCGGUAACUCGGCGGAGCCUCGUUACCGCCUAAACAGUUACACUAGAGCCAGAUAUUCCCAUCUGCGCCUACAACAAGUGAAAGAGUCUUAUAGUAGUUAUCACAUGUGGUAGACAUGUUUUUUUUUUAAAUUGUCGACCAUUACCCUAUUCAAAUCUUCAUUUGCAUGAGCUAAACCGCAAAGUCUGUGGCGCAAAGUGCUGUAGGGGACAUGGGCUCCUAAAAGCAAAGUUAAAAAGGUUUGGUUGUUUAACAUAUAUGUUUAUACGAAAACAAACAAAAUGCAAGCACAAGAUACAAAAAUCUGAUAAUAUACAUUUGUAGUUUGUUACAACAAUUUGGUCAAAUUAAUCUACGUGGUUUGCAAAAUUCAUUUACUCAUUUUUCAUCGCAAAGAGAUAAUAGCAGUAUAGAAUUAUAUAUCCUUGUGUGGAAAAAAACUGUUUAAUUAGUAAAAUUGGUCCUAUUGGUUAUGGUAUAAAUAAGCACAAACAUCAAAUUAAUCUACGUGAUUUUCAUGAAUUACAUGUACUCAUUUUUCAUCACAGAUUUUGUGAUUUGUUGGUAAUAGCAGUUUAAUAUUAUGUGUCCGUGAGUGCAAAAUAAAAUGUUUAACUAGUGAAACUUGUCUUGGUGGUCAUGGCUUAAAGAAGCACAGAACUUACAAAUUAUUUAAAAACAAAUUUCGAAACCGAGACUUAUGUGUCUAUACCUAUUGUACCUAUUUAACCUAGAGCACACUAGCUAAGCUUAGAAAUGUUUUAUUUGAUAAAGCUAAGGAUAUUGAUGUGAAUCUUUAUGACAUGGGCGAUGUGCAUAAAUGAAUGUUUGUACUCGCUAAUGAUGAUAGCAAAAUUAGUCGCCAAAACCAGCUUCAGCAUGCUGAAAAUUUGUUUUAAUACUUUGUACAAACAUAUUAGUUACAGCUAUUCAGAAAUAGUUCAUUAUUUCUUUACAAUUGGCAUUCAUUUUAAAAGGGAGACAACUUUUUCCCGAAUAUUUCAAGUAUCCGUCGGGUAAAAUUUAUCUCCCUUGAAAAUGAAUGCCAUUUGUAAAGAAAUAAAGAAAAACAAUUGCUGAAAACUGUGUUCCACCUUGUUAGGUGAAAUUUCACCACUCGCACGCUAUUGCAAAUGUAUCAAAACGAACAGGUGCAACAGUUCUUUGAAAAUGGUGAGUUUUUAAAGGCGUUUGACUGUCCGGAAGUGGGGCCCUUUUAAGCAGUCCUUUUCCGGAAUUCAAUGUUUAUAUCAGUAUACUGACACUUGUUUCGUAAAGUAAUAUACAUGUUUUACAUGCUGUUCAAUUUUCAUGUUAAACAACUCUUUCUUUCUAUGA